AUGUCUGUUCGUGCUUGGGCUCUGUCUGUGGAGGAUCGUGAGAGGUUGAUUCAAGGUGCUUUUGAAGCUAAGAAAGGAUCGUAUAGCCCCUACUCGAAGUUCCCAGUCGGUGCGGCUUUUCUCACCGCUGAGGGCGCUAUCAUCAAGGGCGCUAAUAUUGAAAACGCGUCGUAUGGUGGCACUAUCUGUGCUGAACGCACUGCGAUCGUCAAAGCUGUUAGCGAAGGCAUCCGAUCUUUUAUCGGUCUAGCCGUCGUAACGAACGUGAACGCUACCGUCUCGCCAUGCGGUUUCUGCCGACAGGUGAUUCGUGAAUUCUGCUUGCUCGAGAUGCCCAUCCUACUCGUUCCGGGCGAUUAUCCUCAACAACUGCCUGCGGGUGAAGAGCCGAAACCUGGAUAUACUGAAGGCGGUGUGAGAGAGACGACGCUCGGCGAGCUGCUUCCUGAUAGUUUCGGACCUGAACAUCUUGAGCUGCCUCGCAAAUAG